AUGCAGAACUCUGGUCAUUAUUCGAAAGUGGAUUCACACAACGUGUUCAAACGAUUAUCAAAUGCCACACACAAACAACCAGUAAGAAGAUGGAAGCCUAGCGAUUUUGAACUUGGCAAAAGACUUGGAAAGGGAAAAUUUGGCCGCGUUUAUUGUGUUCGAGAGAAAAAGAGCGGGUUUAUAUGCGCUUUGAAAGUAAUGAGCAAGGAUGAAAUAUUGCUAUACAAGGUGGAGAAACAAUUUGUAAGAGAGAUCGAGAUUCAAGCAAGUUUACGCCAUCCCAACUGUCUUCGUCUAUACGGGUGGUUUUACGAUGACAAGAAUGUUUACCUGAUAUUGGAAUACGCGGCUUAUGGUGAAUUAUACAAAAUGCUCAAGAAAAGAAAGCGGUUUGAUGAGGUCACAACGUCAUACUAUAUAUUCCAGGUUGCCGCAGCACUUGAAUAUAUGCAUAACAAACAUAUAAUACAUCGUGAUUUGAAGCCGGAAAAUAUAUUGGUACACUUUCACAACCAGAUAAAGCUUUCUGAUUUUGGAUGGUCUGUGUAUGCACCACAGAACACCAGACGGAAUACCAUGUGUGGAACUUUGGACUACCUUCCUCCCGAAAUGGUUGAAUCUAAAAGUCAUGAUGAAACUGUUGAUGUUUGGGCUCUUGGUGUUUUAAUGUACGAACUUUUAGUGGGAAGACCACCAUUUGAGGAUGAGAACUCGGGUGUUACUUACAGACGAAUCGUCAAAGUGGAUUUACGAAUACCGACUUUCAUUUCAUCAGAGGCAGCUGAUUUGAUCAAAAAGCUGUUACGAUAUGAACCAAAGAAGAGAAUUUCACUGCAUAAUCUUCAACGGCAUCCAUGGAUUAUAAAGAAUAGGGGGUUGUGGGAUACAUUAAAGGAUUAA